AGGUGACGACCCGCCCCACAGGCCCCAGAACCCCCGAGAUUCCCCGCGCUUGCCUCCCGCCCUCUUCUUCCAGACCCUCUGUCUGUCCGCUGGGGGCGCGCGCAGUGAGUGGCAGCGGCGCUGGCGGCCGAGUGCGCGGGUCACGCGUGGCGGUGCGUGGUUGCUAGGGGCACCUGAGGCUGCCUGGUAGCCCAGCAGGCCGAGGGAGGAAGUAGCGUGGAGCCGGUGCCGAGCCGGGGCGAAGGUGGAUCCUUUAGAUAGACUGUCUUCAAGCUCACUAAUACUGUCCUCUGCUUGAUCCAUUGUGCUGUUAAGAGUCUAGUAAAUUUUUCAGACUGACGGACUUCAAGGAUGCAGCUGCUACUACCGGAGGUGUGUGGCACCUUACCUGAGCCAGGCCAUGAGACCAUGUGGCCAUGAUGUGGGCCCCUCAUGGCCUCAGCAGGAGCAGAGCACUACAGUAUUGGCCUCCGCCAGAAAAACAGCUUCAAGCAGAGUGGUCCCUCAGGCACAGUGUCUGCCACGCCACCUGAGAAACCCUCGGAGGGCAAAGUCUGGCCUCAGGCCCAUCAGCAAGUGAAGCCAAUCUGGAAGCUGGAAAAGAAGCAAGUGGAGACACUGUCAGCAGGGUUGGGCCCAGCCCUCUUGGGCAUCCCACCCCAGCCGGCAUAUUUCUUUUGCCCUAGAACUUUACGUAGCUCUGGGACCACGGCUGUCAUUGCAGGCCACAGCAGUUCCUGUUACCUACACUCUCUCCCGGACUUGUUCAACAGCACCCUCCUAUACCGCCGCUCCAGCUAUAGGCACAAACCCUACCAGCAACUAGAGUCUUUCUGCUUGCGUUCGAGCCCAUCAGAAAAAAGCCCUUUUUCUCUCCCUCAAAAGAGCCUCCCUGUCAGUCUCACUGCCGACAAGGCCAUUUCUUCCAUGGUCUUCCCCAUGGCCCAGCCCAUGGCCUCCUCAUCCACAGAACCAUACCUCUGCUUGGCAGCGGCUGGGGAAAACCCUUCAGGGAAAAGCCUGGCGUCUGCCAUCUCAGGGAAGAUCCCAUCUCCACUCUCUUCAUCCUAUAAGCCCAUGCUGAAUAAUAAUUCCUUCAUGCGGCCAAAUAGCACGCAAGUGCCUUUAUUGCAGACCACAGAGGGCCUGAAGCCAGUAUCGCCACCCAAGAUCCAGCCUGUCUCCUGGCAUCAUUCAGGGGGUACUGGAGACUGUGCACCGCAGCCUGUUGACCAUAAGGUGCCCAAAAGCAUUGGCAGUGUCCUAGCUGAUGCCAGUGCCCGUAUCGCUUUGUCUACCCCUAACUCCCAUGACACAUCCGCCACCAGUGUUGCCUCUUCCUGGUAUAACCGGAAUAACUUAGCCAUGAGGGCAGAGCCACUUUCCUGUGCUCUGGAUGACAACUCUGAUUCCCAGGCCCCAACUAAGGAGAUUCGGUUCACUGAGGCCGUAAGGAAAUUGACUGCAAAAGGCUUUGAGAAGAUGCCGAGGCAAGGCUGCCAGUUUGAACAGUCUAGUUUCCUGAACCCCAGCUUCCAGUGGAAUGUCCUCAACAGGAGCAGGCGGUGGAAACCUCCUGCGGUAAAUCAGCGGUUUCCUCAGGAGGAUGCUGGAUUGGUUGGUCGGGUCCUCCCUGGUGCCUCAGAUACCUUGGGGUUGGACAAUACAGUCUUCUGUACCAAACGUAUCAGCAUUCACCUCCUUGCCUCACAUGCCAGUGGGCUCAAUCACAGCCCUGCCUAUGAAUCUGUAAUUGACCCCCCACCAUUUGGAGAAGGCAAAGCUCCAGGUCCCCCUUCUCCUCAAACUCUUGGCAUAGCCAACGUGGCCACCCGCCUCUCUUCCAUCCAGCUGGGCCAAUCUGAGAAGGAGAGACCUGAGGAGGUCAGGGAGCUGGACUCAUCUGGUAGGGAUAUUAGUUCAGCUACUGACCUCCAGCCAGAUCAGGCUGAGACUGAAGAUACAGAAGAAGAACUAGUAGAUGGUUUGGAAGACUGUUGUAGCCAUGAUGAGAAUGAAGAGGAGGAGGGAGACUCAGAGUGCUCCUCAUUAAGUGCUGUCACCCCUAGCGAAUCGGUGGCCAUGAUCUCUAGAAGCUGUAUGGAAAUUCUGACCAAACCCCUUUCCAAUCAUGAGAAAGUUGUCCGACCAGCCCUCAUCUACAGUCUCUUUCCCAACGUUCCCCCUACCAUCUAUUUUGGCACUCGGGAUGAGAGAGUGGAGAAACUUCCCUGGGAGCAGAGGAAGUUGCUCCGGUGGAAGAUGAGCACAGUGACCCCCAACAUUGUCAAGCAGACCAUUGGACGGUCCCACUUCAAAAUCAGCAAAAGAAACGAUGACUGGCUGGGCUGUUGGGGUCACCACAUGAAGUCUCCUAGUUUCCGAUCCAUUCGAGAGCAUCAGAAGCUAAAUCAUUUCCCAGGCUCAUUCCAGAUUGGGAGGAAGGACCGGCUAUGGCGGAACCUGUCACGCAUGCAGAACCGCUUUGGCAAGAAGGAGUUCAGUUUCUUCCCCCAGUCCUUUAUCCUGCCCCAGGAUGCCAAGCUCCUGCGCAAAGCGUGGGAGAGCAGCCGCCGCCAAAAGUGGAUUGUGAAGCCACCAGCAUCAGCUCGAGGCAUUGGCAUCCAGGUUAUUCAUAAGUGGAGUCAGCUCCCCAAGCGAAGGCCCCUCCUGGUACAGCGGUAUCUACACAAACCCUACCUCAUCAGCGGCAGCAAGUUUGACCUGCGGAUCUAUGUUUACGUCACUUCCUACGAUCCUCUGCGGAUUUACCUCUUUUCGGAUGGACUGGUCCGCUUUGCCAGUUGCAAGUAUUCUCCUUCCAUGAAGAGCCUUGGCAAUAAGUUCAUGCACCUGACCAACUACAGUGUCAAUAAAAAGAAUGCCGAGUACCAGGCCAAUGCAGAUGAAAUGGCCUGCCAGGGCCACAAAUGGGCACUGAAGGCUUUGUGGAACUACCUGAGCCAGAAGGGAGUCAAUAGCGAUGCCAUCUGGGAGAAGAUAAAGGAUGUUGUUGUCAAAACCAUCAUCUCGUCAGAGCCCUACGUAACCAGCCUGCUCAAGAUGUAUGUGCGGCGGCCCUAUAGCUGCCACGAACUCUUUGGUUUUGACAUCAUGCUAGACGAAAACCUCAAGCCCUGGGUCCUGGAAGUCAACAUUUCCCCAAGCCUCCACUCCAACUCUCCACUGGAUAUUAGCAUCAAAGGCCAGAUGAUUCGUGACCUUCUGAAUCUGGCAGGUUUUGUCCUGCCCAAUGCAGAGGAUGUCAUUUCCAGCCCUAGCAACUGCAGCAGCUCCACCCCCAGCUUGCCCACCUCCCCUGGGGACAAAUGUCGAAUGGCUCCAGAGCAUGUCACUGCACAGAAGAUGAAGAAAGCCUAUUAUCUGACCCAGAAAAUUCCUGAUCAGGACUUCUAUGCAUCUGUGCUGGAUGUUCUGACACCAGAUGAUGUUCGGAUUCUGGUUGAGAUGGAAGAUGAGUUUUCUCGCCGUGGUCAGUUUGAACGAAUUUUUCCUUCUCAUAUCUCCUCUCGCUAUCUCCGCUUUUUUGAGCAGCCACGAUAUUUCAACAUUCUCACCACCCAAUGGGAACAGAAAUACCAUGGCAACAAGCUUAAAGGAGUAGAUCUGCUCCGGAGUUGGUGCUACAAAGGGUUCCACAUGGGAGUUGUCUCUGAUUCUGCUCCAGUGUGGUCUCUCCCAACAACACUUCUGACUGUCUCAAAGGAUGACGUGAUACUCAAUGCCUUCAGCAAAUCAGAGACUAGCAAGCUGGGAAAACACAACUCCUGUGAGGGAAGCCUACUACUCUCUGAAGACGGGACCACGCCCAAAUCCAAGAAGACUCAAACUGGCCUUUCCCCUUAUCCCCAGAAACCCAGUUCCUCAAAGGACAGUGAGGACACCAGCAAAGAGCCCAGCCUUUCCACUCAGACGUUACCUGUGAUCAAGUACUCUGGGCGGACUUCAAGACUUUCUACUUCUUCCACUUUCCAGUCAACCAGUGACUCCCUCCUGGCUGUGAGCCCAUAAUUGGCCUCUCUCCAAAAGCCUCUGCCCAGGAGCUGGGCAUCAGCUACCUCACGGGAACCAGCCUGCUGUUCAGACCAGUCUGAACCCCUACCCCUUUCACCCUGUCCCUCCUCAGAGUAUUUUUUGAAGUGGUUGCAUUACAGAGAUGGGUAUUUGUAGGGCCGGGGGGAUGGUAGUGAUGGGGAGAAGGUGAGGAAGGGUCGCCCUCUGUCACCUGUCUGCCUGGCUGGCACCUCAUAUCUCAGCAGAGAAGCCAGUGGUGGCCAUGCAGCCUUAUAAAGCAGGUUUUCGUUUCUACCUUAA